GUGGGUGACACAGACAACACCUCCGUCGAAUGUCAGUCGGAUCCGACCGAGUCAGCCAACUCCGAAAAAACAAAGAAAAAAUCUUACGAAAAAUCGUAUCCGUUGCAAGCAUUGAUAGCCUACUUAAAACUCAAACAAGCAGUCGCUCUUGUCGUCCCCACUCAACCGGAUAAAGAUGGUUCGAUCCAGACCGGAGAAAAUGUUCCCCCGGUAGACUCAACACCGCAUCGAAUUUUGCUAUUCGCUCCCAGUAGUUUUGCUCUCAGUCUGCUAAAACAGGCGGCUCCGAAUCUGGGUCCCGAACUAGCCACCAUGGACAAGUACAUGGUGAUGUUGAUUGUCAAACGUUGA